AAGUAGGUCAGAGACUGUUUAUGUCACAGCCACACCAAUCGUCUAGCUAGCUAACAGCGUUAGCCUGAGUGUGAUGUUGCUCUGUUGUUUAGCAUGACCCAGUUUGCAGCCUUUCCAGGAAGUCUCCUUUCUAUCUAAAAUGGUUUGCUGCCGUGACUGUGAAUCUGAGUGAGGCUGUGGCACAAGGUUCUGAUUCUGAAAAAGACUGUAGCUACAGAACCCGGUGGAAACAGCUCUCUGAAUAAAUCUGUGUGGAUGCUCCCAUCAAAACAAUUAAACUGUCCUUAGAUGAUCUAAUGGCGGACCAAAGGAUGGACAUUUCCUCCACCAUGAAUGAGUUCAUGUCUCCCAGUUCCAAUGAUCUUAUCAGCAGUUCAGUGGGAGCUCCAGGCCUGGACUACACACGCAAGCGGAAAGGCAGCACCACCGAUUACCAGAUUGAUGGCUUUUCAUUUGACGAUGGUAUGGACACAGAUAAGGAUAAACAACUUGGAAGAGAAGACCAGCAGGGCCGGAUUAAAAAUGCCAGGGAAGCCCACAGUCAGAUUGAGAAGAGGCGCAGGGACAAGAUGAACAGUUUUAUAGAUGAACUGGCUUCACUAGUACCAACGUGCAAUGCCAUGUCUCGUAAACUGGACAAGCUGACGGUGCUGCGCAUGGCUGUACAGCACAUGAAAACAUUACGAGGAGCUACAAACCCUUACACAGAAGCAAACUACAAACCAUCCUUUUUAUCAGAUGAUGAACUGAAGCAUUUGAUAUUAAGGGCUGCUGAUGGUUUUCUAUUCGUUGUGGGUUGUGAUCGUGGCAAAAUUCUAUUUGUAUCAGAGUCAGUGUAUAAAAUCCUGAACUACACUCAGAAUGAUCUUAUAGGCCAGAGUCUGUUUGACUACUUGCAUCCUAAGGACAUUGCCAAAGUGAAGGAGCAGCUGUCAUCGUCUGAUACAGCACCUCGAGAACGGCUCAUUGAUGCCAAAACUGGUUUGCCAGUAAAGACUGACAUCACUCCCGGCCCCUCCAGACUGUGUUCGGGAGCCCGUCGUUCCUUCUUCUGCAGGAUGAAAUGUAACCGGCCUUCUGUCAAAAUGGAGGACAAAGACUUUCCCUCCACCUGCUCCAAGAAGAAAGCAGACAGGAAGAGCUUUUGCACCAUCCACAGUACAGGUUACCUAAAGAGUUGGCCACCUACGAAAAUGGGCCUGGAUGAAGAUAAUGAGCCUGAUAACGAGGGCUGCAAUCUGAGCUGCCUAGUUGCAAUCGGUCGUCUGCACCCCCACAUCGUCCCUCAACAGGUGAACGGAGACAUCCGGGUUAAACCCACAGAGUACGUCUCCCGACACACUAUAGAUGGCAAGUUCGUCUUCGUCGACCAGAGGGCGACUGCUAUUCUAGCAUAUUUACCUCAGGAGCUUUUGGGAACGUCAUUCUACGAGUAUUUCCAUCAGGAUGAUAUUAACCAUCUUGCCGAAUGCCACAGACAAGUUCUGCAGAUGAGAGAAAAGAUCACCACAAACUGUUAUAAGUUUAAGAUUAAGGAUGGCUCCUUCAUCACUCUGAGGAGUCGCUGGUUCAGUUUCAUGAACCCCUGGACCAAAGAAGUAGAGUACAUUGUCUCAACCAAUACUGUGGUCUCGGGCAGUGUGCUGGAAGGAACUGACCCAAGUUAUCCUCAAUCAGCUUCCUCUCCUCAGAGCAUGGACAGUGUGCUCACAUCUGGAGGAGGUGGAGGAAAGCGAGCUCUUCAGACAGUCCCAGGCAUCCCAGGGGGAACCCGGGCGGGAGCCGGCAAAAUUGGCCGCAUGAUUGCCGAGGAGGUGAUGGAGAUCCAGAGGAUUCGAGGCUCAUCUCCGUCUAGCUGUGGCUCCAGCCCACUCAACAUCACCAGUACGCCUCCUCCUGACACCUGCUCUCCAGGGGGCAAGAAAAUUCAGAAUGGUGGUACUCCAGACCUGCCCUCUACUGGUAUUGUGCCUGGACCAGACUCGAUAGGAUACCCAUACUCCAACAACUCCAUAAUGAGUGACAACUCCCACCUGAGCAUCGACAUCAUGGACGAUCCCGGCUCCAGCAGCCCCAGUAACGACGAAGCAGCCAUGGCUGUCAUAAUGAGCCUGCUGGAAGCUGACGCUGGUCUCGGUGGUCCUGUAGAUUUCAGUGACCUGCCCUGGCCUUUGUGAGAACAAUGCAGGGUCAUACACCUGAACCUCAGACUGAUCUCUAAGCAGGACAAACCACAGCUCUUAUACAAUAGAGAACCUGCCACUGAAACACACACACACACCUGUUCUCUUCUUUUAUCUCUGUAUAUACUGUAUUGUACAAGUAUUCAUCUCUUUAAACACACAAGAUUAUUCUUCUGGUUGUGAUUAUAAUGUUUUUACACUACAAACCCGUAUAAAUGUUUAAUAUUCUAUAUGCAGGUUGUAACAAAUAUUGUAAUUCUAUUAUGUAAAAAGUCUUUAUGCAAAGUAUAUAAAAAGUGUUAAAUGUA